CAAACACCUGGUUAAUUCUUUACUGACAAUAACAAUGUACAAACACUUAGAAAAUAAUGAUGGAAACGUUUGACAUUGUAUCAUUAAACGCAAUUUGAACACUUGUAACCGUGAACGUGUAAUAAACAACUGUAAACAACUCCAUGUUUAAAUCUCACAAACGAUUCAAUAAACGUUUUAAAACUCAAAUAAAACAUUGACUCAACAUUUAAACAAAUCUCUUAUGAACAUAUUACUUUCGCCAGGGUGGCUAAGAUUUAACAAUGUAAUAAUUGAUGCAAUAUUAGAUCAGUAUUGCAAAAUAGACAUACUGGCUAAAUAAGAAAAGGCGUCCAUCUUACAAUAUUGGGCCAAUAUUGGGAAUACUAGAUUUACAUUUCCCAAUAUUGCGCCAAUAUAUUGUGCCACUAAGGAAAUUAAGGCCCCUGGGCUCGCCACGGCCAUGUUGGAAAUCGUCGUCGAGCUAGGGCCGGUGUUCAUAGUCAGAUCUUAUAUUCAGGACCAUCUUGAAUUUAUCUAAAGAUGUUGUAUGAGAACAUUUCAUUAGCUAUGUAUCCAAAGAUAAUCUUAAGACGGUCUUGAAUAUAAGAUUCGACUAUGAAUACCGACCUAGGACUCGUGGUAUUGAUGGACUAAUCUUUAUGACGGGCAUAUUCCAACCCUUGAUUUUGACCAGUCAUUUCAGGACCACCCUGUAGCACUAGCAGUCACAAUUUGUAUGAGAACGCAGUAUUGAGAACAUAGAAAACACAGAGGACAUAGGAAGUGCCGAUAAUUCACUUUUCGCGUGCUACAUUAAUAUAAUCGAUUCACGAAAUCGCAUACGUGUCGAAUUCGAGAAUCGUUUCCCGCGUGCAUUGUAAUUGCAAAUUCCUUGUCACGUGCGCGUACUUCACCGAUAAAGCAGUGCAAGAGCGACGAGUGAAUUAUUGUCCUUAUCAGAUAAUAAGUUUCACUUUUUCGUGGGGCGAUCUGGCCGAAUGUUUCUCUUAUCACGACGUUACCCGCGCCUUUGCUCCAGCUGCUCAAGAUGAUAUGCUCGAGAUGUGGGAGAUGCGUACGAACGAGAACGAUCAGACUCGAUUUACGGAACUUGAACGUUCAAGGCGACGUUCGUCGCGUGGACUGCGCCGACGGCGAUCACUUUGUAGCCGUAAAGUUAAACGAUGAGAUAAUCGACGUUGACGACAGUUAUUGUGAUCGACUCGACGACGAGUGGCGGGCGGUCCAAACGGAUCGUGAUAAGGUGCUCUUUUACGCACUGAGCCAGAUUGUUUAUCCAGAAAUCGACACGCCACGACCGGAGAAGCUCGAGUCGUUGUACGCUCCGGUGGACGUGCUCGAUGUCGUAUUGCUAAGGUGGCAAGCAGGCAAAGCGAUCGGAUUUUAUACCGUUAAACCUACAGGCACAGAAAUAUUCUCGACGAAGGAGAGAUACGUGAUGCCUGUAGUCGACACUGCGUACAUUCGCUCGGAAUAUAGGAACCAGGGUUUCGGUACGGGAAUUCUGUCCGACGUAACCGCGCGCUUUCCAAACGAAGACAUUGGUUUCUCCAAGCCAGUCUCCAGCGGAAUGUUACGAAUACUGAAGGCGUUCCUGACGAGUCGUAAGGAGUACCGGCUGCGUUUCUGGGAGGUCGCGGACUGCGAUAUCAGCGGGUCUCAGCAACUGAUAUGGUGUACUUUAAAAAGGGCAGCAUUAUGACAAAAAGCAGUUAGAAUUUAUUAUAAAAACCAUCACAAUGGCGUAACAGGAUAUUUAUGUAUUGUACAUUAUACUUACUUGUAUAUGUAUACUUGUACAUAUACGUAUAUCUAGGGAAAUGCAUGUCAUACAUACGUACACACGUACAAGCACAUGUAUAUUUCUAUAUACGUGCGCAUGUACGAAUGUACACGUAUGGAAAUUAAAUGGAAUAUAUUAUUUGAAAAA